AUGCAAAUUAACAUACCAUUGAUCUUAUCGCUUCUUUCUGUAUCUCAAUUGGCGUUAGGAGACAAAGCCCCCAAGAUUAAAAAAAAUCCAAAGAAUGUUGUAGCCAUUGCUGAUUUCCCAUUUGGGUUUGACAAUAACGUUCAGGGUAACAUUGUGUUCACAGCUAAAAGAGGUAAGUCUGUUAACGUUCACGUUGAUGUGACUGGUUUACCAAAGGAAGGGGGACCCUUCCAAUAUCAUAUCCAUGAAAACCUGGUUCCUUCUGAUGGUAAUUGUGACUUAGUGGGCUUGCAUUUCAAUCCGUAUGAUGCUCCUCCAGAUUGUGAAGAUCAAAAAGAUGAUUCUUACUGUCAGGUAGGUGACUUGUCGGGUAAGCAUGGUUGGAUUGACACCACAUGCUUUGAAACAAAAUACAACGAUCCAUACCUUUCAUUGAACAAGAAAUCCAAUUCCUACAUUGUUGGUAAAUCAAUCACAUUCCACUUUGCCAACUUGACUAAGUUUGCUUGUGCUGAUAUUGAAUUAGCAUCAAACAUAAGGUUACAAAGCUUGCAAGAUGAAUAUAACUCAAACAGCAACUAUGACCUUCAGGAAUUACAAAAAGACUUAGCAACAGGUCUCGAAUUUAACCAAGAUUACAAAGAAUACUCAUAUGACUCGGAUGAGGUUGACAAGUAUGAAGUAUUUGAUGAAGACCCAGAUGUAGAUGAAGACGCAGAAGUCGAAGACUCGAAUCCAACCAAUGACAAUACAAAAGACGAUGACUAUCUUGACGAUGACAAUACAGAAGACAAUACAUCAAAGACCAAACUUAUAAACGAUUUGAAAUCAAGAAAUGGUUCACAUAAUGCAACCCAUUCUCAUAACGGCACUGAAUUCCACAAUGGAAACAAUUCCAAUGCUACAUCAAAUGAGUAUUACUCCGAAACUGAAAGUGGAUCUUCUACUUUUGGCUUAAGUAUUAGCUUAAUGAUUGGUUUAGGUGUUAUCACAGGUUUACUCAUUUAG